AUGACAAUUUGGAUUGUUGACAUUUCUCACCGCAAUAGUGCAAAUAAAUGUCUACGGGUGCGAAUCUACUGUCAAGGGGUGGAAUUACCGUCAAGCCCCAUCUCGUUGCACGUUCUGUCACCGGAAGAAUCUCGAGCCGCGUCACGAGCAGCGAUUUCGACGUCACGUGACGACAUCGUGGCAGAGACACGUGCCAGCGCUCCUCAGAACAGUGACAGCAACGGCGUGCUGCUCCAGAAGUCCGACUCCGGUUCGGACGUCGACAUUUCGCACAAAUCUUUCGCGCAAAGACGGCUUCACAUUAUCAAGCAAUUAGAGACACAAAACGGCUCGGUAAAGAAGAAGACCACUACACAAAAAACUCAAGCUUCCCACGAGCAGCUGCCGAAAGCAGGCAAAAAUAACGAAAAGACUGUCCUCUUCGAAAACUCAACACACCAAGAGAUGGCUCAAAGACCGCCUGACAUCGGGCUGGUCUCGUUUUCGGGUCUGACCGAACCAUGCAGCGUUGGCUCAAUUGUGGAAGUAGUGAUCAACGCUCAUGGAGAUUGUGCGGCCGGAUCGGUUCAAGUGGAUGCCGUCUCACCGAAUGGCCGACCGCAACCGUGUGCGGUGACCAAGCGUGCUAAUUCCUAUACAGCUAGUUUUACACCUCAACAAGUUGGUGAGUGUAAUCAACGUCGAGGCGAAAUCGUAUAUUCCUUUCUCUUAGCCGAACCGUCAGUUUUUGAAUCUUUGCAGUAAUA